UUCGCGACGGCGCCGUGCGGAGGGAGGGUGUCGCUUGACGGCAAGAGCGCGCCGGCCGCUGAGGGGGACAGCUGAAGGGGUGCCGCCGCCAUGAAGCAGAAGAGGAAAGGAGACCUCAGCCAUGCGGAGCUGAUGAUGAUGACAAUAGCUGACAUCAUAAAGCAACUAAUUGAGGCUCACGAGCAGGGAAAAGAUGUGAAUCUGAACAAGCUGAAAACCAAGACAUCAGCAAAGUACGGGCUUUCGGCGCAGCCGCGUUUGGUUGACCUCAUCGCUGCUGUCCCACCACAGUACCGCAAGGCGCUGGUACCAAAGCUGAAGGCCAAGCCCAUAAGGACCGCUAGCGGGAUUGCUGUCGUGGCUGUGAUGUGUAAACCGCACAGGUGUCCGCACAUUAACUUCACAGGCAACAUAUGUGUAUACUGCCCAGGUGGACCUGAUUCUGAUUUUGAAUAUUCAACACAGUCUUACACGGGAUAUGAGCCAACAUCCAUGCGGGCCAUUCGGGCCAGAUAUGACCCGUAUCUCCAGACAAGACACAGAGUGGAACAGCUGAAGCAGCUGGGCCACAGCGUGGAUAAAGUAGAGUUCAUUGUGAUGGGUGGAACGUUCAUGGCCCUGCCUGAAGAGUACAGAGAUUACUUCAUCAGAAACCUUCAUGAUGCCUUAUCAGGUCAUACUUCCAAUAACGUAGCAGAGGCCGUCAGGUAUUCAGAAAGAAGCCUGACAAAAUGUAUCGGGAUAACGAUAGAGACCAGACCGGAUUACUGCCUGAAGCGGCAUUUAAGCGACAUGUUGUCCUACGGCUGUACGAGGCUGGAGAUUGGAGUGCAGAGCGUGUACGAGGACGUGGCCAGGGACACCAACAGGGGUCACACCGUGAAGGCUGUGUGCGAGUCUUUUCACUUAGCCAAGGACGCUGGGUUUAAAGUGGUGGCGCACAUGAUGCCUGACCUACCAAACAUGGGGCUCGAGAGGGACAUGGACCAGUUUGUUGAGUUUUUUGAGAAUCCUGCUUUUCGUCCAGACGGCAUGAAGCUCUAUCCGACCCUAGUGAUCCGUGGCACUGGGCUGUACGAACUCUGGAAGACUGGAAGAUACAAGAGCUACCCCCCCAGCACGCUUGUGGAUCUGGUGGCCAGAAUCCUGGCCCUUGUCCCGCCGUGGACGCGUGUGUACCGUGUUCAGAGAGAUAUCCCAAUGCCCCUAGUCAGCUCUGGAGUGGAGCACGGGAACCUGAGAGAGCUUGCCUUGGCCAGGAUGAAAGAUCUUGGGACACAGUGUCGUGAUGUAAGGACAAGAGAGGUUGGAAUUCAAGAAAUCCACCAUAAAGUGAGACCGUACCAGAUUGAAUUAGUUAGAAGGGAUUAUGUGGCUAAUGGUGGCUGGGAGACCUUCCUGUCCUAUGAAGAUCCAGAGCAGGAUAUUCUCGUUGGGCUUCUACGGCUGCGGAAGUGUUCAGAGGAAUCAUUCAGACCUGAGCUGAAAGGAGGCGUUUCCAUUGUCCGGGAGCUGCAUGUGUAUGGGAGUGUGGUCCCUGUGAGCAGUCGGGAUCCUUCAAAAUUUCAGCACCAGGGAUUUGGUAUGUUACUAAUGGAGGAGGCAGAAAGAAUAGCCAAGGAGGAGCACGGGUCAUGGAAAAUUGCUGUAAUUUCAGGUGUUGGCACGAGGAACUACUACAGGAAGAUCGGCUACGAGCUGGAAGGGCCUUACAUGGUGAAAAGGCUGGACUGAUGCCCCAAGAGGUCCUCACCCCAACCAGCUGCUGGGAGGAGAGGAGACAAGACUCAUCCUGGAAAGAAAGCUCAAGGUGGCAGAUGUAAGCUAAAAACCAAAGCCUGCCAACUACAAAGGACUUGCUUAUGCCAGAGCCCGCGGCACAAAUAGGGCAUCUCCUCUGGGGAGAGCAGUUCUGAGGUCUGCCCGUUGCCCCGGCAGAGGCUGGGGACGUUUCACGUCACCUGCGUCAGCCUGCCGUAUCCCCGGGACGGGCCCUCAUGCGUUGCAGUAGAGGACUGAAGUGUGGGUGAACUGCAAGCUCUGAAUUUGGGGACCCUAUUGAACAGCCUAGUGGGAAAAACAUCUAUUAUUUCUGUGAUGUUGUCAGCGGGCUUUUAACGUUUCAGUGUUGAAAUUGUGCGUGCUAUUUUGCAAGGUGAAUGAAUUCCCCCUCUGUGCAUAUUUAUUUAUGCUGGCUUUGGCUGCUUUCUGCCCAUCCCAAGCGAUGCCGUUUGAUCCUUUCACAGUAGGAGACCAUGAGGAUUGGAAGCUAUUACCUUGCUAGCGGUAGGAAUUGAGAUUAAAACUUAACCUGAAUCUCCACAGAGACACGUAACCGUGGAGUAACUGAGGUUAGAAGGCACCUCUGAGGUCUCUAGUCCAACCCCGCUCAAAGCAGGCCCCAUGAGAGCAGGAUGGCGAUGCUUGAAUACCUCCAAGGCUGGCGAUAAUCAAUGGAUGUGGGUGGAGAGUCCGCAGCAUCUAGGUCCCUGUUCCAAUAUUUGACCACCCGUAUGUUGAAAAAAUUUUUCCUGAUCUCAGAUUGGAGUUGAAGGUGUUUCAACUUGUGCCCGUUGCCUCUUGGCCUGUCGCUGAGCACCUCUGGGAGAAGUCUGCUUCUGGUCUCCAGGCUUCUCCUUGCACAUCACAUACCCCGAUGCCGUAACCCAUCCUCAUGGCCUCUGCUCCAGCUUGUUAGUCUCUAUUUCCAGCACCAGAUCUGCCACUUCUCCAGCCCAUAACCAUUCGAUUUGGGCACGAGGAUGCCGUGUGGCAGCAGCAUCAGGGGCCGUGGCAAGGUCACGGUGUACAACACCCGUGGGCCUCCCUUACCUGUGCUGCCGCGAUCUCACCCCAGCAGGCAGCGGGGUUGCUCAGGCACGAUCUGCCCCCGGGAGAUCCCUCUUGGCUGUUGCCAGCUCUGUCUUCCCCUCCCCGUCCCACAGCUGAAGGGUUUAGUCCCCAUCUCUCCCAGCAUGGAGGUGGGGCUGACUGUAGCUCCCCAAAUCCUCCCCCUGGUCCCCCCUGGAGACGGCUGCGAUGGCUGCCUUUUCCAGGCACGCGGAAUUCUAUCAGGAACGAUAGCGUUAAAGCUUCUUUUUGCAAAGGGAGCGAGAUGGGAUGGGAGAGUGCGGCGUGACCCUGGGUGAAGGGCUCAGCACCUCCCUCACCUCUCCCCAGCCCUUCGGCGGGGAUGGCGCAGGGCGGGUGGGUGCCCUUUGAUGCCGGCGCUUCAGGGUUCUCAAAAGCAGCGUGGCUGGUGCUGCCCGCUUGACUUAACAAAACCAGAAGGGAGCGGCCAGAGCUCUGACCUCCUCCGCUGCUUUUUUUAUUGGUAUUUCAAUCAAAACUAGGGUUGAAAUCCAGAGUAGCGGCUGGUAGAGAAGUUGACAUUUCGGGCGUUACUCAAAUAAAUGACACUGUCAGGAGCCUUCUAGAAACUUUGCCAAUAACGAGCGCUCGGACACACGUGAUUAACUCGCAGGAGGAAAGCUCUCGUGGCGGCGGUGCCGCGCCACGCAGUAAAUGCGCUUCUGCCACCGUGAUCUGUCGCUGCUCCCGAGCGGCGACUCGCGGGUCGGUGGCCGGAACCGCGCUGACGUCUGCUGACGCACGGGCCGUGGCGGCGGCCCGGGCGGCACCAAAAAAGCACGUCCUUGCUGGAAAGCCGACGUACCUGGCAAUAAAGUUUUUAUUACUGAAGGUAAA